AUGCCUGAUUGGAUGGUGAUCAAUUGCAUUUAUAAUGGCUUGGGUCCUCAAUCGAGGCCAAUGCUCGAUGCAGCAUCAGGUGGAGCUCUAUGGGCUAAGAGCUAUGAUGAAGCUUAUGAGUUGAUUGAGAUGAUGGCUGCGAAUGAAUAUCAGAAUCCUACCCAGCGUCUUCAUCAAGGCAAGGCAGUAGGGAUUCUGGAUGUUGAUGCUACUUCAGCCAUAGCUGCUCAGCUUAAGGCUCUUACUAUGAAGGUUACGAAGGAAAAAGAAUCAGCAACAGAGCAAAACAAGGAAGAGAGUGACCAACAAGUUGAAACACCUGUGCUCUCAUCUAAGUCUGAUAGUGGAAAAACUGUUGUUGAAGCUGACAAGAAUAAAAUCAACGAGGAAGCGAGCAAGGAAUCAGCCGAGAAGUCUAGCCCGAAAGCUGAUAUUGGGGUCAAGCGAGUAUAUCCACCUCCACCUUUUCCGAAGAGACUUCAGAAGCAUAAGCUCGACAAACAAUUCGCUAAAUUUCUAGAGGGUUUCAAGAAACUACAAAUCAACAUACCUUUUGCGGAAGCUCUAGAACAAAUGCCAAGUUAUGCUAAAUUCAUGAAAGGUAUUCUAUCUCGGAAACUUAAACUUGAGGAAUUGGAGACUGUGGCCUUGACCGAGGAGUGUAGUGCUCUGAAACCUACUAAUAUGUCUUUGCAACUAGCUGAUCGUUCGAUUACAUAUCCACGGGGGAUAGUUGAAGAUGUAUUGGUAAAAGUGGAUAAUCCAAUCUUCCCUGCUGAUUUCGUCAUUCUCGACUUUGAGGAAGAUAAAAAGAUUCCCAUCAUCUUGGGAAGACCAUUCCUUGCGACAGGGCGGACUUUGAUUGAUGUUCAGAAGGGUGAACUCACGAUGAGAGUUCAAGAUUAG